AUGAAUCACACUCUCACUAUCUGGCUUUGGUUUGAUUUCUAGAAAAUGGGUGCACUAGAUUACCUCUCCAACUUUUGCACUGUAACCAGCACUAGGACCAAGCAGAAAGCAAUGCAGACAACAGAGAUAAAAGUGAGAAUGGACUGCAAUGGUUGCGAAAGAAGAGUGAGAAAUGCAGUGAGUUCAAUAAAAGGAGUGAAAUCUGUGGAGGUGAACAGAAAGGAGAGCAGGGUGGUAAUGAGAGGAUAUGUGGAUCCAAAGAAGGUGCUGAAGAGGGUAAGGAGCACAGGGAAAGUAAGAGCUCAGUUUUGGCCAUAUGUUGAACAACAUCUGGUCUAGUGUGCUUUUCUUUGCUCUUUGUUCUUCUCUUAAUUAAUAAAUUAUUCUUUUAUAAA